AUGAGGAUCUUAAUUUUUGUCCUCACACUGAGUUUUUUCUCGUGUUUGGGGUUUCCGGUGUACGACUAUGAACUCCCUGUCACAGAAGAGGCUCUCAAUGCUUCCAUUGCAAGGAUCAAUUCUCAGUCAUGGGGGACAAACCUCUAUGGUGUUGUCAGGAGCCAUGUCACAAGAGUUGACAUGUGGAACAGCGAUGCCUAUAGACUAGAGCUGCAGCUCAGCAUUCGUGAAACUGUGUGCCCAAAAGCUUCGGGAAGAGACCCGUUCACAUGUGACUUCAAAAUUGGGCCUUUCGUGCCAACCACUUUCUGCAGAAGUGUUGUGGAAGUUUCCGGUGAGCUGAUAUCAAACAUUAUUGUGCAGUGCCAUCAUGGCAUAUCCAGUUCCGAAUCGAUGAGCAGCGAGGAGAUGAUGCGUAUGCCGAUAACGAAUCCUAACAGGCGAGGCAACAGUCGCAGAGCAGAAGAUGUAUUUGCUCCUGAAGCCUUCCCUUCAAGAGGAAGAGGCAGCAGCCGUGGAGACUGGCAUAAACCCAGCUAUUUCAGCUCUGACAAGAUUGAAUAAUAUGAUUUGGAUUGGAGAAUGAGGAGCAUCGAGAUUCAAAGAUCCAGCAUGGGAAGAAGGAACCUGGUGCCAUUUCCUUUCCUCUUUUUGUGAAAAACAUUUCUGUAAUGAAGUGACAGUCUUUCCCUAAACUCACUUUCUGCUGUAAUGUCAAAGGGCCAUUGGAUGAGCUCAUGAGAUGCUAAAUGCACACGCUUGAUAACCACCUUCUGAUGUGUUAGAGCUCACUGGGAGGACUCUCAGACACCUAGCCUAACUGUGUCGAGUAUGUGUUGUACAAUCUCAUAAUGAUGUUAUUAAAGGAUCAUUAUUCCAUCUGCUCUGCAUUGCUCUCUAGUUGCUUGUAAUUUUCUGU